AUGAUCUCGCCGCCUGCCCCUGUCACCUCGCAAACGGGUGCAGACCUCAGUAGGACCACCUCUCGCCGACGAGGUCUGAGUUACCUGCGUGCUCUGUCACACCCUCGUUCGUCUGGCGGGACCAGCCCAAAUGAACCUUCGCGAUCCCCGAGACAUUAUUUCCAAAGAUCUCAAAGCUACCACGCUCAUCAACCCGAUCCUUCGACCACCACCCGACGAAGAAGUGCAUCACGUCCCAAUGAGCCUACAACCCCGCUAGCCAUCCACACUCGAAUGGUUGCCACCUCACAAGAAAAUACAAGGCCCUCAUCCCCGCCAACUGCAGAUCAUCCAGCACUGCCGGCCGUUGUCCAGCCAGACUCGGACUCGGGGCCGAUUGAUCAGAGCGCCACCGACGAGAUGGCAAGACACAGGAGGAAUACACAUGGCACCCAGCCUGCCGACAUUGCAAUAACCGAGAGGGCGGAAUCUGUCUCACGGCCGGCGAACGCAGGGAAAAAGACCUCGGGGAACAAGGGGGACGCCCCCGAUGGAGAAUCCAAGCAUCAACUACCUACCAUACGCUUCUUCGCUCACCAGGAGAUGAGAAACGGCCGGCCAUCUCUCACCUUUUCCCCCAUCUCAAGAACGUUGCCUAGCGAGCAUUCUAUCAUUCGGGUUGGCCGCUAUUCCGAGAGAGAGGGCAUUCCCGAAGCGAACCCAAUCACGCCCUCAGACGCCCCUGUGGGCUUCAAAUCCAAGGUUGUCAGUCGAAAACACUGUGAGUUUAGCUUCUUGGACGGCCAGUGGCAGAUCAGAGAUGUUGCCAGUUCAUCGGGGACGUUCCUCAACCAUAUCAGGCUCAGCCAGCCGAACACCGAGUCCAGACUUUUUCCAAUCAAAGACGGAGAUAUUGUGCAGUUGGGAAUCGAUUUUCGAGGAGGCGAAGAGAUGAUAUUCCGUUGCGUUAAGAUCAGAAUCGAGUGUAAUCGGGCCUGGCAAAAGAAACCCAACAACUUCAACAAAACCAGACACCAACAACUGCAAAGCCUCGCCAAAGACCAGCCAUCCGCAAAUGCAAAUAGUGGCGAAUGUGCCAUUUGCCUUGGCUCUGUCCUGCCUUGUCAAGCAUUAUUCGUGGCUCCAUGUGCACACUGCUGGCAUUAUAAAUGCAUUCGUCCCUUACUCGAAGGCAGAAACAGCUCAUAUCCUCAGUUUCAGUGCCCGAACUGCAGAGCAUAUACCGACCUGACUGCCGACGUGGACAUCGCUCAAUCUGAUAUCGAUGAAUGGAUGGAGAACACAGACGAUGCAGAAAAUAACACCGGGGAUGCAGAUGGUGAGGUGAUCGAGACCGAUGGUAAUGCCGACUCGCGCACAGAUGGUCAGGUCAACGGUGAACCGAGGAUGGUCGAUGCCAAUGCUGCGACUGAUGCAAUCGAUGUCGACCUUACCACCACAGAUAUUGUCCUCGACACUCCUCCCGUAGUUGCAUCAAGCCAAGAUGAGGAUUUGGACGAUAGCCCUACUUCUGCACCACCUAGAAAUUCCGGCCUUCUAGCACGGAGACAGGCUGCAAAACCAAUCUCGACCAACCUCCAUACCAUGAACGGUAGUAUCGAGAUGCCCGACCAGACGGACUCGGACGAGAUGGAUGUACACCUGGAAAACACAAGGACGCGGACCCCGGAUAUUGAGCACAUCAUUGCAGGAGAAGGACCACUUACCCCGAGAAAUAAUGCGGGACCCUUUGUUUUUGAUGGAAGCGCUGGCCGAUCUGAUGCUGGACAUUUGGUAGUGCCUGGAAUUCCUGAAGUCACAAAUGGAAGUGCAUCUGGCUCAUGA